GCAGAGUCUCUGGUGCUGCGUUCAGGUGCGUUUCACCCUCAGAGGUGAACACUCCUGAACUCGGGACGAUGGAUUAACUCCGAUCCGCAGGUUUUUAUCUCUGACAGAAAACACCAUCGAGGGAAAGUGACGACUUGUAAUGACUUUCAGCUCUUUCCACCUUCCUCCAGUCUUCUCAUCUCGUCUUCCCUCUCCAAUCCUUCUCUCCAUGAACUAACCAAUCCGUCACACCUUCAACUAGUUCUUCACUCUCUCCAACGUGUCUCCAUUCUCCUGUUCUUCCUCUCCUCUCCUCUACCUCUUCUGUCAUGUCUGUAUCCAUGAGGAACCCCCCGCAGCGCCGGCGCUCUCUGGGUCCCGUCUCACCCAAACGUUUAUACAGAAACCUGUCCGUCAGACUGAGGGGUGGAGAGUCAUCUGUUUCCGGGGAAGUGGACAAACUCAAGCACCUCAGCAAGUCUGCAGACGCUUACACCACCCUUUGGGAGGCCGUGGAGAACGAGGACACUUUGGCUGUACAAAGCUUGCUAUCCAGAGACCACAUCAGCAGUGGAGGAAGAGGAGGAGUAGGAGCAAGCCUAUGGGAGAGGGGAGAGAGGAAAGAAAGGGACUGGGAGAGAGAGCGGGUGAAGGGGGUGAACAGGAUGAGCGAGCAGGGCCUGGUUCCCCUGGACGUGGCGGCCCUCACGCACAACUCCCCUCUGCUCCAUGUGCUGACGAAGGGCGGCGCAAGGCAUAACCCUGUUUUGUGCCGACCAGCCGAGUGGGCACUCAAGCUGGACACUCUGGUGGCACUGGCAGGUAAAAGGGUGGAGGAGCGGAAGAAGGAGUUGAUGAGGAGGACCAGCACCGGGCCUCAGGCGCAGGCUGACAUCCAGAGACACAUCCGCCUCUGGAGCCUCAGGCUGCAGCUCUACUGCCGCAUGAGGGAGAAUUUCCACAACACAGAGCUCCCCGGCCCCCCCACUCACGUGUCCAUCGUGGUGACCAGCACGUCCUCGUUGUUUGUGACCAUCAAGGAGCCGGAGGGUGACAACAUAGGGCUCAUCACACGCUACAGAGUGGAGUGGAGCUCCUCAGACAGCUUCAAACGCAUCCUGUGCUCAGCCCAAGUUACAGAGACCAAGAAUCCCUCCUAUAGUGUCAAGGGACUCAUAACGGGAGUGCAUUACUUUGUUAGAGUGAGUGCCUACAAUGUGAAAGGAUGGGGUCCGCCUCAGUGCUCCGCUCCAGCCAGCGCUGCCCCCUCCAGUUGGAGGGAGUGCAUCGGUGUGAAGUCACAGUCCAGAAACCACGAGGGUCUAGUGAGGAAACUGCUGGAAGACGCCAGAGAGCCACAAUACAGAGGAUACUGCAUAGAGAGCUCGAAGCCCCAGAGUCCGAGCAAACGUCUGUCUGUGUCUCGAGGCAUCAAACAACUCUUCCAGUCUGCCACCAAGUUUGUUCGCCUCCUACAAAGGGGCGUGUACUUGGCAACUGUGUUCUACCACAAGGAAAACAUCCUGGUGACGGCAGAAGAUCAAAUCCCGCUGGUGGAGAUCCAGUGCUGCUCCACCUCCAUCACCCAUGACUUCUUGUGGUUUGCUAAGUUGUCCUGUGCCUGGCAACAAGUGCCCUGGCUCCAGCAGGCGCUGUUCUCUGCACACUCCUCCCCCUCCUCCCUCCUCCAGAACAGGCACAACAUUUUAAGAGCCGUUUCCCAGCUGCAGUCUUCACUGGGAACGAUGGACCUGGGCCAGGUGCACUACGAACCAGUGAAAGACCGGCAGGGCAACGUACUCCUGGUGACUCUGAAGGAGUUCCCGAGUCUUCCCAGUCCUCCUGAUCCUCCACUCCACUGGAUGCCUUUGACCCGUCUGGAAAAGAACCGCAGCAGAACUCCUCUCCUGCCUGAGCCCACCGCCAUGGACAUGCUCUUCGAACAGCUCAGGGAGAAGCUGUCCCUCCACAGGCACAGCAUCCAGUGGGCCCAGCCGGGUCUGUACGUGGGCAUCCUGAAACUGUGCAGCUCGGUAGAACAGAUCCGGGUCCUGGUGCCUCAGAGGCUGCCCAAUCUGCUGUGCCACACGCGGGUCCGACACAACGCCCACGUGUCCAGAGAAGAGUGGGCGUGGCUCCAGAGUCACGUUUACACCGCGACCAGUGGCAGCAACCAGAACCUGUUCAGCGGCGAGGACGAGAGCCUGAUGGAGAACAGUGGACUGGUGGAGUUCAUCAGGUCCCUGAGAGCCGCCAUCACACAUCUGCUGACCAAGCUCAACAUCCCCCUCUACAGGGCCUACCAGUAUGGCGUGUACACUCGUGAGCUGCUGCAGUUUGGAGAAAAACUGUCUGUGCUGCUGCUGCUGCCUCCCAGUGAGGACUUCAGCUCCAGUUACUGGCCCCUGAUGGGCACCAAGGAGCCUGGCCUCACCAUGCCUCUGCAGACCUUUGAGCUCGUUCACUUCUGGACGUAUGAACGCGACUUCCUGACCCAGUACUGCCAGGUCUGGGUGAGGCUGGAGCUGGACACACAUCUGGCCCAGCAGGCUCUGCGGGAGGCGCUGGACACCAAGGAGGUGCAGGAGGCCCGAGAGAGGCUGAACUGCAUCACCGACCUUGCCCAUCGUCUGGACUUUGUGUGGAGGGACGCCCGCUGGAUCAUGGACUGUCUACAGUGCGUUCGGUCCAAGCAGUGGGUGGGGGCGGUGCCUCUGGGUCUGGUGAUGGGCGGAGACCCACCGCCACGUCCUGAUGGCGAGGACGAGGAGGAGAGCUCGAACGUCAGACUGACGUGGCCCAAUCGGAUGCAAGUACAGAGAGCCAAUACAGAGAGUUUAGUCAGUUCGACUCAACCAAACGUCGUCACUGCGGAGGUCUCCCCUCCAGCAGGAAUCACGGUCGCUACUGAAGGGUUUGCCAAACUGGCAUCAAUGGAGGGCGUGGCAAAGGGAGGUUACCCUGUGGACAUCACCGGCCAAUCAACGGCGGACAUAACCAACAUUGGCCCGUCUGAAAUAUGUGCAACAGCUUUAAUCGAGUCUGGACUAGAGCCUGGUGCCGUCGCACAAAUGGACGUAGGGUUCACAGUUCUGGACGCGCAGGAGGCAUACAACAAUGAACAGGACUUUCCUGCCAGGAUCACUGAGGUAAUCCGACCGAUGGAGAUGUCGGAGUUAGUGGACAUCCUGCCGACACUGAGUCUCAUCGAGGAGGAGAUCUCCAUUGGUCCGCCCACAUCAUCAGUCAUAGACGUGCUGGAGAGCUUUGGACUGGGGAUCGAUGAAAACAACACGUUGUUCGACUUGGGGAACUCAGGCUUGAUCAGCGGAGCCGGGAGUCUCUCCCAACACAACCUGCUCUCUAACAACAGCAGUGAGGUCCACGGUGAGAAUGUGGCGUCACAAGAACAGGAUGCGUCGGCUUCUCGCGGCGUGUCCAGAGCCACUGGUGGUGACUUUCCAGUGAGAAACCAAGUGGAGUGGGACAGACCCUCCAACAGCUCAUCCUGAUAUCGACUCAACCAGCAACUACUUUGAACUUGUGUCCUUUUGAAACCACAGUGGGCUGCCCGUCACUGGUAUGUAGAGUUUUAGGUUUGGAAAUUACUUUGGAUCAGUUCCAGUUUAUCUGGAUGCUAAAGCCCCUUUAGGCUACAUCCAUACUACAAUGUUUUCCUGUGAAAACUCUGCUGCAGUUACACCGGGCGUCCAGACUACUCCGGAGUUGUAGAGCCGCUAAAACAGAGAAGUUUGGAAACUCUGCUGGCGCCUUUUUAGUUUUAAAACUCUGGGGCUGCGUCAGAGUCUGGACGAGCAGAAACAGAGAAGUUUGGAAAAAGAAGAUGUAGACACACAACUUGCUGAUUGGGUCUUUUCAGUCACUCCAUCCACACUACUGUUAUGAAUAAAAACGUGGUAGUAUGGUUGUAGCCAUAUUGAAAGUGGAAUUUACUUGAUCAUCAUCAUCAUCAUCAUCGCCUUCCUACGAGCUGUAGCAGAGGCUUUCUUUUACCAAUUCGUUAACACUUUCAAAACAGGUCCUCAUGCAAAGACCAAAAAUCUCUCUGUUCACCUGAGCUAGACAAAAGUAAAACAUCUGUUCACAGCUGUAUGAAUCUCUGAUUGAACCGUUUGAGGCUCCUUUGCACAAAUCUUCGGUCGCUCUUCAUCCACCUGUUUAAAAGAUGCCACGUCUGUUUUUCUCUUUGAGAACAUGGAUCAAAGUCCACAAUACUUACAUCAUAUAUACACUGAAUUGUGUAAAUAAAGGAUCCUUAACAGGGAUUCAGUGACCUCUAGGGGUCUUCAGAGGUACUGCCAAAUUUCUGUCUAAACAUUCGAAAAUCUAACUUUGCUUGAAAAGGCAGAGACAAUCCUUUACAUACACAUGAUGAUAAACUAGUCAGUUAUGUUUAAUAGUAAUAUUUAAAUUUAACUUGAACGUGAAAGUGCACUGCAGCAGGGUCACAUCUAAAGUAAUAUCAGACAUCUUUUGUGCUUCUUGGGCUCCAACUGUGAUGGUGAAACAUGUAACAGACACACAAAUGACAGUGAGUCUGAACUUCUUUAUGUUGAUGUUUUUUGUAUUUUGUUGUACACUGUGUAACAAGUGAUUGAAGGGAAAUUGUGAUGUGUGAUAUUUGCUUUUGUCGCAGGUGUGGACAGUUUGUGUUUCUCUGUGUGUUAACCGCCUGGAAAAAGGGGCGUGUGGAAAAAAGUGUUGAAGCAAUGGAGAAAAAACUGUUACAGGGUAAUGUCCGGUCCAGCAGAGCUUCUUGUAUGCAAAGACUCAAAUACUAGCAGUUCUAUCACAUGACCAUCCAUCACACUCACUACAGCGUGGGGGGAAGG